UAUUGGAGAGGCUACCUCUGCAAAUCUCACAUCUCCAAGCAAUGAUUGCAUCGCAUGAGAGAAGUCCUAGCCCUCACUGCAACCACAAAGCUCCCUAUAAAAACCAGAACACGACUACUAUUCUUCUGCAACUACGAAACCCUUUUUGUUGUUUUCUUGCUUGCUACCAAGAAAAUUCAUUUUACACUCUUCUAUCUCCAUGCACCCAUAAAUCCCUACUUACAUCUGUAUAAUAGAGAAAGAGAUGCUGGCGUUAUACAUUGUCAUCUAGGAUUUUGCAUGUGAAGAUGAGGUAAUGGUGCAGCCAAGGAUGACUUGCCGAAAUACUCUCUUAUAUGUAAUACAUAUAUGUAUAUGGUAGAUGCAGCCGGCGAGCUGUUCUUGGCUACAUUUCUACCCCAUUAUCAUAUGUUAGAUCUAUGAUGAUUAUUGGUUGUAGCAGUAUUACCCACAGAAGGAAGCCUUUAUUUCUACUCAUCAUUAUCACUUGUUAGAUCUCUCCAUCAUUAUUUUAGAUAUAUGUAUUAGCCAUUGACGGAGGUCGAGAACCAGGUAAAAUAAAUUAUGUGUAAUUUAUAUUCAUAUUCUUUUACCUUGUAUAUGCUUUUUGAUGAACAAGCAAACUAAUAAUAUUUACAAAAAUUUAAAUUUUUUUUUUAAACUUUUAUAUACACAAAUAAAUAAAAUAAAUUAGCAUUUAGUAUGUUAUAUAUAUAUAUAUAUAUAUAAUGAACUCUUUAAGUUUCUCAUUCGAAGCAUAGCAUGUUAUAUAUGAUGAGUUAUUUUAACAUAUGAACAUUUUAACUAAUCUAAUAAAGGCUUCAACUUGUAUUUUUUUUUUUUUGUUACUCUUGCCUAUCACCAGAGUUAGCUUCAUAUACUUAUCAAGCUAUUUAGUUAAGGAGAGUUCUUGAAGAACUUCAUUUAUAUGGAAGGCCUACUGCAGUUUGUCACAGUAAUUCAGCUAUCAAACUCUCAAAAGAGUCAGUUUUACAUGGAAAAAGCAAUCAUAUAAUUUGUAGUUAGUAGAACAACUAAUUUUAUUUAUUGCAGAAGUGAGGGAUAGCAAUAUCAUUCCACGUCCACACCUUUUUUGUUUACCAUUUUAUGGGAACGAUCCAAAACAACUAAGAAUCUAAACCAGAAGAAUUACCAUAUUGAUGGUGCAAGUCUUGACCCUUUUCUUUUUUUGGUUAACAAUUCUCUACCUUGCAUACUUUUUAAUUUGUAGUUUAUAUUCUUCACGAAUUCUUAUCUACAAUUUUCCAAAUUACAAGCGCAUCAUUCCAUUUAAUAGAUAAAUGUUGAUAGUUGGAACAGAUAGAUAGCUAUUUCUUGACCGUAAUCUUUGACACAAUAUAUCAAAGUGAUAGAACUUAUACAUCUGUUAGCAUCAAAAGGAAAUUUCCAGGUUGAAAAAUCAAUUUCUUUUUUUAAAAUUUUUGGAUUAUGAUCAGGAGAUCAGUCUGUCUUGUACGCAGUAUAUUAAUAGACCAAAAUUGUUCGAAAGUUCUCUUUUGUAUGUGUGUAUUCUUCAUAUUAACUUAUUUCUAUUAGUUUUGGCCGAAUGCAUCUUUAGCACCUUAAACUUUUUAAGAAUAAUCACUUGAUCGCUUGAAUUUUUGUCCGGUUCUUAUAGUUAUUUGAACUAGUUUGUUGACUUAUAUAUGGGCGUGUAUUCACGUUAAUAAAAGCAUGUGUAAGUAAAUUAAUAUGACAUAAAUAUUCAAGGUCGGUGAAUAUAUGGCUCCCUGAAUUUUUUGAGAAUAGUCACUUAGCCACUUAAAUUUUUGUUUGAUUUUAUAGCCAUCUGGACUAUUUUCUUUUUAUCACAUAAAUUUUAUUUUGUUAUUUCUGGAAACGCUUGUAAGACAAACACUGUAACAUGAAAUUGACUUGUAUAUAUAUUAAAAGAAUGCUGAAGAAUAAGCUAGAAAAGUAAAUAAUGCUUUUACUAAAUUUCUAAAUUUAAACUUUGCUUAUCAUCUUUAAUAAACUUAUACUUUUUUAUAAUAAUUAUAUAAUAAUUUAUUAUCAUUUUGAAUAUAUCCACUCUUUAAGUUACAAUUUCUCUUUAAUAAAUUUUAUUAUAUAAUCGCUCACAUUUAAAUACAUGUCAACCGAAAUUGAUAAUACAUAGAGAAAUGAGGAUUUAAGAUCUCAAAAGAACUAAUUCAGGUGGCUAUAUGGACUUCAUAAAAAUUCAAGUGACUAAGUGACUAUUCUUAGAAAGUUCAAUGAGCUACAUAUAUAUCCGGUCGUAUUCUUUUGAUACAUGUACAAGUUAAUUCUAUAUUACAGUGUUUGUAUUACAUGCGUUCUUAAUAACAAUAAAAUAAAAUUUAUGUGGUCCAAACGAACUAAUUUAAAUGGCUAUAAACACUAAACAAAAAUUCAAAUAGCUAAGUGACUAUUUUUAAAAAAUUUAAAGAGACCUUAUACAUUUAUAUGUCUAUAUCCAAAUAUCAUACAUGGACAACAAUUUAAGAGACUAUUUUCUUUACAAUGAAAGCAUUGAGAAGAAACUGAUAAUACUGACUGCUGAGGGGUCAGAUAAUGACCUGCGGGAUUGGUCUAUUACCUUUAGUGUUAAAGGGAGUUAGACAUCCUCCACAGACUUUUUGACUGGAGAAACCUUCGACGAGACCCAUAUUCAAAUAUCAUUCGGAAUCAAGAAGCUAAUAAAUAAAUAAAACUAUGAGGUUGCUGAGUUAAAGAAUACCAUGCAAGUAAUCGCUGUGUACAGAAAGUAGCAAGAAGUAAUCCAUGGCCUGAGUACUUUUCUUCUACUGCAAAGGGGCUUAAAGGAUUUCAGAUGUAUGCAAAGAAAGGUAGCAAAUAUAUAAAGGAAGAAACUCUCUACCAAAUUUGAUAAAGUAUAUACAGCCAUUUGCUAGAGUUGGAAGAAGGACAAAUAUCCUCUACCUUCAACUUCAGGCAGCAAGGCACAAGAGAUACCCUUAAUCAUGAAGACAGGAUCAGUGGAGGCUGGUGAACAAGCAUCGGAGGAUGCAACCCCGAAACGCGGGAAGAAGCUGAACAGAGGGAUUCUGAUACUAGACCUCGUUUUAAGAGUUUUUGGAGCUAUUUGCACCUUAGGAAGUGCGGUUGCCAUGGGAACUACGAGUCAAACACUUCCAUCUUCGUCUCAAUUCUUCAGAUUCAGGGCCAAGUACAAUGAUCUGCCAAUGUUUAUGUUCUUCGUGAUUGCCAACUCUAUUGUAUGUGCAUAUCUUGUUCUUUCUCUUCGCCUGUCUAUCUUCCAUAUCAUCAGAAGCGCGGGGAUAAUCACUCGGAUCAUCUUAGUCACCUUUGAUAUGGUUAUGCUGGUUCUUCUCACUUGUGGGGCUUCUGCUGCAACAAGCAUCGACUACUUAGCACACAAAGGGAACGCUAGCGCUAAUUGGCUCCCGUUUUGCGUGCGUUUCAGUCACUUCUGCAACCGAAUAUCUGGUUCCCUUAUAGGAUCUUUCUUCUCAAUAAUCAUUUUUAUGCUGCUUGUCAUUUUAUCAGCUGUGUCUCAAUUUUCAAUAUGCAAUUAAUCACAGUGCUAAUUUAUUCUC